AUGCCGCCUCCGCCAGAAGAGAACAAACAGGCUUCGGCGCAAGUAGCCGUCGAUCUCCUCUGGGAGAUCUCGCAGAUCCUCAACUGCCAUCUUGACCGGAGGGAGAUCUCAAUAUGCACCUCCCUGAUCGAGCGAGGCGUCAACCCGGAAGCGCUUGCGACCACUAUCAAGGAGCUGCGCAAGGGCGCCCAGGAGACCAAAAUUGAGCUCGAGUCGCGCAAGCAGCAGCAGCAGCAGCAACAACAACAACAACAACAACAAUAA